GUAGGAGGGACGGGAGGAAGAACCAGGAACCGAGAGCGAAGGCACGGGAGCGCGAGCUAGAAGUGCGCAGGGUGAGAACUGAAUAGACAGUCACUCAGCCCAUCGCCGUGAAAAGUAUCGCACAGGUUUCGCGCAGAGAAGCCAUUACGAUCUUGAGGGAAGACUUGGAAUAUUAACAGUCAUGAUUCGGGCACUUGGCUACAGAGUUGGUGAGUGCGCACUUACUCUGUCGGGAGACGCGAACGGGAAAAGUCGAUGUCUCCAGUUUGGGCUGCCUUCUUCUUCCUAAUGCAACAUUUAGGCUUUGCAAGAGGGUGCGGAGCUGAACCAUAGGGCGAGAAACUGAGACAACCACCGCGGCAUCGAGAAGUGCGGACGGAGCCCUCCGUGAAGUCAGUAUGUUGGGCAAAGAAAUAGCGGCUGGAACGGAGCGGGGAAGUGGCUCGUCGACACUGUACUGCGCUGUCAUGAUGGAUCAUUGCAUCCUACCCAAUGCCAUGCUUGUGUGAAGGACAAAGGGGAAAGGGAGAAAGUGUCUAUUUUCGGGAUAUACAAUGGAUACGGAUAUAAUCACUUUUACUAAGUGCCCUGGAUCCAAAUGCCAGAUCCCUGGGACUUUGGCCCGGCCGGGGCCCAUUGGAGUGUGACCCAGAGGGCUGCUGCCGCCGCUGCUGCUGCCGCUGCUGCCGCUGCUGCCAAAGUCGCAGGAGAAAGAAGAGGACCGAUUGCAGAGCGGUGCCGUGCCGCGCCGCACCCCUCCAAAUUGGCCCGUGAGCAGCGGGACGGGACCCAUACCCCAUCCCCAUCCCCGAAAGCCCAUAAUGUGAUGCUCCCCAAUACCACCAGGGCUUGCUGAUACAGUGUAUAUAAAUAUAUUUCAUAUAUAUUUAUAUAUAUAUAUAUACACACACACUCCAAGUGUGGAUUUGGAUGGAUGGAGUCAGUAGUCGCCGGCGGGCCAUUGCCCUCUAAUGAGACCCCUGCAGUUCUUGCUCCCGCACCGAGGACCGGCCAUUAUUGGGGGAUUAUAAUCCUCGGCUUCCUGUUCUAACCCUCUUGAACUGGACACAUUAACAUACUCUAACAGAGGAACUGCUGCUGCUUCUUCUACUUGUUCUGUGGAAUACUUCGUUACCUUUCACUCUCCCCUCUUUUUUUGUGUCAUUUUUUCUCCUAGCUUUUCAGUGGCUUCCAAUCUCCGCCAUUUUGUUAUUUUCACCCACCUUUUUUUUCCCCGAGGGUGGUUUGUGUGUGUGUUUUGAAGGAGAGGUUGUGGGUUUUUUUUUUUUUUUUUCGUUUUUUUUUCUCCGUUGUCACUAUGGAGUUUCCGGCGGGGGGACCAUGGUGGAGUAGUACCGGCAACAAGGAUCGUUCCAGGCCGUCGUCGUUCCUCGGCUUCUGGCUGACGGUCUCGCUGAGCCUGCACGUGCAGCUGUUCUCCCCCGUGGCCUCGUGCCCGGCGGAGUGCCGCUGCGACAAGACCUUCAUCUACUGCAACGAGCGCAGCCUGACCUCGGUGCCCCUGGGCGUGACGGAGGGCUACAAGACGCUCUACCUGCACAACAACCAGAUCAACAACGCCGGCUUCCCGCUGGAGCUCCACAACGUGGGCUCCGUGGAGACGGUGGUGCUGUAUGGCAAUCAGCUGGACGAGUUCCCCGUCAACCUGCCGCGGAACAUGCGCGUGCUGCACCUGCAGGAGAACAACAUCCAGACCAUCUCGCGCGCCGCCCUGGCCCAGCUCCAGGGGCUGGAGGAGCUGCACCUGGACGACAACUCCAUCUCCACGGUGGGCGUGGAGGAGGGCGCCUUCCGGGAGGCGGGCAACCUCAAGAUGCUCUUCCUCACCAAGAACCACCUGAGCAGCGUGCCCAUCGGCCUGCCCGUGGACCUCACCGAGCUGCGGCUGGACGAGAACCGCAUCGCGGACAUCCAGGAGGAGGCCUUCCAGAACGUCACGUCGCUGCAGCGCCUCCUGCUCGACGGGAACCUGCUGACGGACGACGGCAUCGCAGAGGGCACGUUCCACGAGCUGGCGAACCUGCGGGAGCUGUCGCUGGCGCGGAACUCCUUGACGGUGCCGCCGCCGAUGCUGCCCGGAGUGUCGCUGCUCAAGCUCAACCUGCAGGAGAACCAGAUCACCAGCAUCCCCGUCACGGCCUUCGCCGGGCUGCACCGGCUGGAGCGUCUGGACAUCUCCAACAACCAGCUUAAGUCGCUGCCGCAGGGCGUGUUCGACAGCCUGGUGAGCCUGCGGCAGCUGAGCGUGCGCGGCAACAGCUGGCACUGUGACUGCUCCAUCCGGUGGGUGAUCGCCUGGCUCAAGUCGCUGCCGUCGUCCAUCAACGUGCGCGGCUUCACGUGCCAGAGCCCCGAGCAGGUGCGGGGCAUGGUGAUCCGGGAGCUGACGCUGGAGGCCAUCGAGUGCCCCGUGGGCACCAAGCUGGAGCCGUGGCCCACCAGGCCGCCGCCGACCCCCACCCUGCCCCGCACCACCACCACCACCACCACCACCACCCUUGCCCCGAAGAGAACCACAGCCACCACCCGCUCCCCCACGUCAACCCUCUUCUUCCCCCCGUCUCCUGACCCCCCUACUCCUCCUCCGGUGCCUGGGCCAGGGCCAGGUCCAGGCCUGCCGCCGGGGCCGCGUCCUCCGUACGAGGACUCGCUGCAGAUCUCCUUUCACAUCGUCAACUCCUCCUCCAUCGACGUCAGCUGGUCGUCGUACUUCACCGUCAUGGCCUACAAGGUGACGUGGGUGAAGAUGGGCCAGGCGCUGAUGAGCGACGUCACCCGGGAGGUGACGGUGCCGGGGGACAAGCGCCGGUAUACGCUCUCCGGCCUGGAGCCGCGCUCCACGUACCGCGUCUGCGUCUACGUCCUGGACACUCUCAACAUCUAUCGGCCCGGCGAGGACACCAUUUGCUCGGAGGCCCGGACCAAGUCGGCGAGCACCAAGUCGUCGGGGGCCGAGCCGGCGGCGCAGCAGGACAGCAGCUCCACGCUCCUAUUGGCCGGCAUCAUCGGCGGCGCCGUGCUGGUCGUCCUGGUAACGCUGCUGAGCCUGUUCUGCUGGCACAUGCACAAGAAAAGCCGGACGGAGUCGUCCAAGUGGAAAUACAAUCGCGGCCGGAGAAAAGACGACUACUGCGAGGCGGGCACCAAAAAGGAUAAUUCUAUCCUGGAGAUGACUGAAACCAGCUUUCAGAUAGUGUCCCUGAACAAUGAACAGCUUUUGAAGGGGGACUUCCGCAUUCAGCCCAUCUACACGCCCAACGGGGGCAUAGGCUUCCGAGACUGCCAUCUCAGUAACAACAGCAUAGCCUACUGCAAGACGAGCAAUGUGCCAAGCAUGGACUUCUGCCACACGUGAUGCUCGUCAGCAGCAUCGUUACGGCUGUUUGAUUUGAGAAAAAAAUGACAAAAGAACAAAAAUCUGUAGUAAAAUAUACUGUAUGAAAUAUAUUUCCAAGUUCAGUCUACAAUGUAAUUUAUACUGUGGACAAUUAUGUGGAAUUCAGCUAUCUUUUUUAUUCUUAGUAAAAAGGAAAAACAUGAGAAUACAUACAGUUUUCUAAUUAGAGGUGAGGGAAGAAGUUUUGGCUCAAGGACAGUGCCGAUGAAUUUGUACAAUCGUGGUGUGUGCUAGCUUCUCGAUACAGCAACCCAGUUGGGCUAGUCUUUCUCUUUGGGCGCUAGCUAGAAAGGGCUGAGAUACUUUGCUAACCACAGAAGCAAAAAUAUGCCCUCUGUUCUAAAACAUAGCAACCCCUUCACAGAACGGUAGUUAAGAUAACACAGUGGUCUCGAAACACAAACAACCCUGAUUAGCCUGCCGUGGAAAAAAAGACCUGGUGUUGUUUUCUUUUUUCUUCUCCUUAAAGGAAUUGAAAAGUGCACUUUUCCUAAAGUGUCAGAAUUGAGCGUGUCCUCUGAGUGGAUAUGUGUGUGUGUGCUUGGCCGUGUGUGUGUGUGUGUGUGUG